GGCGACUUUGAUGAAGAUGAAGACCUGAGAAUGAGAUACAGCAGUGUGUGACACAGACAGGGACCGAAUGCACAUCUUUAAGCACUUUAUCAUAAGGUUUGUGCUGAAAAAAAAAAGCCAGCCAGUGUGUGUUACUUUUUAUUUAAAUGACAUUAAAUACAUUUUUAUUCAACAGAGAUGAUACCGCAAUUUGCUUGCUCUAACUCUUUUCACAGAUGGCGUCAAAUAACAGGUUGUUAUGAAUCACAAGUGGGUGGGUUUGUAAAGAUGCCCAACAUAACCUACUUCAACCUCACCAUGUUCUUGAACAUCGGCCCAUACCGCUACCCGGCGUUGGCCUCCUGCCUCCUCCUCUACCUCUUCAUCGUGUGCGCCAACUGGGCCAUCGUCCUGACCAUCUUCCGCGAGAAGAACCUUCACGAGCCCAUGUACAUAUUCAUCGCCAGUUUGUCCUUUAACGCCCUGUACGGCUCCACGGGCUUCUUCCCCCGUUUCCUGAUGGACCUGGCGUCCGACACUCAUCUGAUCUCGCGCGCCGCCUGCUUUACGCAGAUCUACCUCAUCUACACGUACGGCGCCAAUGAGAUGACCACACUUUGCGUCAUGGCCUACGAUCGCUACCUGGCCGUGUGCCACCCGUUGCACUACCACACCAGGAUGACUGUGAAAAAGGCCCUGACCCUGGUCGGUCUGGCCUGGCUCUUUCCCAUCUUCAUCCUCACCACGGUCAUCUACCUGUCCGCAACGCUGCCCCUGUGCGGCAUUGAGAUUCAGAAGGUGUUCUGCGCCAACUGGAAUGUCGUCAAGCUGUCGUGCGUGCCCACGGUGGUCAACAACGCGGUGGGCAUGUUCGUGACCAUCUCUACCAUUUUCAUCCCGUUGGCCUUCAUCCUCUACACGUACACUCGCAUUAUGAGCACCUCCUGGAGACGUUCAGCCAAAUACAAGGGAAGAGUAUUCCAGAGCUGUUUGCCACACAUGGUCUCCUUUGUCAUUUUUUCCAUCACUGCGUUUUGUGAUAUUGCCCUAAGCAGGUAUAAUGUGGAGCAGAUGAACCCCUUCGUAGCCAUCAUCUUCUCUCUUGAGUUUGUGGUCAUUCCGCCAGUUCUCAACCCUCUAGUGUAUGGUAUGAAGCUAUCGGAUAUACGCAGACACAUCUUCAAGAUGCUGUGACA